AUGACGGAGUGUCUACAAGGUUGUUUAUCUGAUUGUCUUUGCCUCUCAUUUCAAAUAUGUCAUAGUGAAUGUCAACUGUGUUCUUCCAACAAGGAUUUAACGCCAAACGACUGGAUAGAAAACCCAGAUUGUGUCGCCUUCGAGUUCUGGAAAAAUGAAACAGAAAAUGAGGUUAGAAUAACAUACUUCAUGAUAACAUGAUUGGAAAAUUUUAAUUCUGACAAGCCGCCAUAUACGUAGUAAAAAUAAAUACAUGUGGCACUCAUUACGAGACCAAUAAGGUCUCGAACGGUAAAAUGGGAACUGGGAUUUGCCUGGCCUGCGAACAGGCUCUCAAGUACUAUUUAAAGCACGCGUAGGAGUGUUUUAUCACAUAUAAAACACGACGCGUAGCGCCGUAGCGGAGUGUUUUAUAUGUGAUAAAACACGACUACAAGUGCUUUAAAUGGCUUCAAAAACGACUCAUCUUAUACAAGUUCAUCGGCGAAGUAAUUUUUAAAAUAAACUUUGUCUAAACCGAGAAAAUCAAAGCUAAAGUUUAUGUAAAUUAACAUGAUUUUUUAUCACAUAUAAAACCACGACACGCUUAUGAUUUUUUUGUGUUUUCCUCCUGAUUUAUUAAUGAGUUUUUGAAGGUGAAUUGAGAGCCUGCAUCGAUGACUAAUGAAUUUGAAUAUCUGCGUCUCAAAUCGUGACGCAAAAUUCUCAUUGGUCAGAUGCUAUAAUUUAUAUGUUUCCGCUGAGCUCUAUAUAUGUUAACUGCUGAAGCACUAUGCAUAAAAAAAACACAUUAACUGAUCAAAUUGGUCUUGGCCAUCUAAUCUCAAAGCACGAAAUGUUCUGUUUUGAGAAAACCAUAUUUAAAACAUUUAAACUUUUGCUUGAAUAUCUUAUAUUUCGAAAAACAGUAUAAACUGUACGGUCUAAAUUUAGUUUGCACGGUCUAAAUUUAGUUUGCACGAAAGUUGUAAACAACACCAUAUAAGGAUAGACAGUCCAUAUUUGGAAAAACAAACGUUACGGGGCAGAUAUUCAAAAUUGUAUAUCAUCAGUGCAGGCUCUCAAUUCACCUUGAGAGCCUGUUCGCAGGCUAGGAUUUGCCUAGUUCGGGAGUAACCCGUAUACCAUUAUCAAGACAGCUGUAUGUAGUUGGACAUUUCAGAGUUUAAAUAAUUUCAAAUAAAGGAGCAACUUAUUUUGAUUGUGAGGUUGUCUAAAGUGUCCAGGAAGACCACUGUGGCACGUCCAAUGGGGCGGGUGCAGGCGAAGUGUUGGGGGCGAAAGGGUGUGGCCGCCACGCCAAUAUUUUCAGAGUGUAGAUCGUAAAAAUUCGGUGCACAAUUGGAGUGGAAAAUUGUCAUCAGGCAGCGUAGCUUAUAUCUGGCGAGCAUCUAUAAAGUUCUAUGCAUGUGACUGCUACUGAAUUAAAUUGUCAAUUGUUCUAAAAUCAAUAUUUUGCACUAUUAACUUAAAAGAUGAUUUAUUAUUUUAUAUUUCCCUUCACAAUGCAAGAUUCAGAGACCCAAAACUCAAUUUUGGAAUUCAGUGCAUGACUAAUAAAUAAUUAAGCUCUCUUCCUGACUGCAUUGAUGUAUUUCAUUUUAAGCCUUUUUACCCGGCGUGAAGUUAUUUCUAAAGAGAGAUAUCGAAGGCAGCCGAAUAUUUACUAACUGAAUAUCUAACACUUUUCUGGUUCUCUUUGCUUGUAAAUGAAUAUAAACUCUAUGUUUCAAUUCAAAAAAGAUCGAAAGAUGCAAAAUUUGGGCAAUGUUUAUAUCUGGGCGACCCUCUUUGUUAUGAGCAGAAUUGAUGCGCAGAACGGAGAGGACAUCAUCUUUAGGUCUAAGCUCAAAGUUGAAACUGGGAUUUAAUAAAAAAAUGGAUGGGAAAUGGGAUUUCGACAAAUGUGGGCUACCAAAUGGGACCUAGACACUUCAGUCCCUAAUUACUGCAUAUAUACUUCAAUUUGAUUUGCACGAAUAUAUAGGCUACUUAAUUUGGGCAUAAAAUUACUUGUUGAAAUUCAUCAGUCAAACAACCAAGCAACCAAUUUUUCACAAAGCAUUGGAUUGCAGAAAUAAACAUUCAAGGUCCACAAAGGAUUUUAGUAAAAUCGACGGGCCGCCAUUUUAUUUCAUUACUAAGCAGUUAUUGAAUAAGGUUUUUGUGAUAUCCAGAAUUAUCAAGCACGAUGUAUAAGUGUUACAGUCGAGCCGAACUGUACCUUGCAUUUCAUUAACUCUCUCGACAAACAAUGAUUUGUCGUACAAAAUAACGUUUGAUUCAGUCAUAAAGCAGUGAAUGGGAUUUAAAAUACCACAAUAACAGCAUCAAAUAAUUAGAAAAUUCAUUCACCUACUAAAAUGCUGAUUAAAAAAUCAAAAAGGUCCACUUUCUGCACAAAGUCAAAGAGAAAACAUUCACGAAAGUACAGCUUGCGUUCAUGUUGCUUUUCAUUGUUUUUAUUCGUGUAUUUAAAACUGCCACUUGCAAAAAAAUUACACAGCGCUGGCUAAACCUACUCAGUUAUCUGCUAGCAGGUAACCAGCAGAUAACUGGGUUAUGUGAAGAAUUCGUAAUUUCCAUAUUUAGCUAUAAGCUAUUAGCCAAUCAGAAGACAUGCAGUGACAAGACACGUAGUGACAACAAUGUACCUGUGUCACAGGCAUUCAGUUAAUUAUUUGGUGAAUUUCGCUGCAAUUUGGCAAGUUGAUUAGUUCUAAUUUACAAACAUUAUGAAAUUUGCUAACGGGUGCGUAUUCGAACGUAUGUCACUGAUUGGUCGCCGGGUUGCUACCAGUAGCUGUUUAACCAAUCCGAGGAUUUGCUUCCAAAAUCUUUUUGUGAAGUCACAACCACAAUUCGAAUGACAACCAACUUGCUAAUUUUGGGGCGAAAUCCGAAAUCAACAAAGAAUCUUCCGAAAAUUCUGGGGCAAAUUUCGUGCAAUCAAUUGUUAAAAAAUUAACAAAAAUUAUAUAAAAUUUUCUGUUUAUUUCAGCUUGAUAAGCAGUGCGAUCAAGGUUGUAUGACGUCAUUAAACUGUUGUGUGACGUCAUUCCCAUGUUUACAUGGCGGGAAAUGCAUUGUUGCUAAGCAAUACUCUGAGCAACGUUUCGUGUGCAAGUGUUCAAAUGGUUACCAUGGACACCGUUGUGAGAAGAUGUGUAGUCCUGGAUUCAAAGGAAUAAACUGUGACGAGAAAAUCAUAUCGUGUCGUGGUUAUAACAAUGGAAGUGCUGUAUCAGGAUACUAUACUAUAUUUGGUGGCAAGAACAACCACACCUAUACAGUAUUUUGUGAUUUUAGUUCAAAUACGACAUGGACACUUGUACAGUCCUAUAGCUUUGAAAACAAAGAUAAAUUUCAGUCACCGUUUUCCGUAAACAAUGCUAGCAAUCGGAAAAAUGUUCCAUUUUGGAAAAAUCGUCGUCUUUCUAAAUCGAAAAUUAAUUCUAUAAUUUCAGACAGCACAAAAUGGCGGUUUACUUGUAACUAUGAUAGUAACGGUACGGUUUACAUAGAUUAUGUGAGAGGUUUAACCACAGAACUUGAUAUAAUACAUUUCAAUGAUGCAGGAUGUGUCAAAGUGCAGUAUAUCAACGUACGGGGUUGGAGCUGUACUAAUUGUACGGUUUACAUGAUGCAGUUUCAUGACAUUCCCUUACAUGUCAGAAUCGAUUUUUGCGAGCUUAAUGCGAACGACUGGAAAGAGUGUGAUGAUCAUGGUUCUGGCCGUGAUCCUUGGUUUGAUUUUGAGAGCAGUUUUGGAUAUUAUGGUUGUUACAACACAGAGCAUCGAUGUUCAUCUUCAUUGUCUGCCACAACACAAUUCUGGCUGGGUGGGUAA